AUGAUCUCCGAUAAACUCGUUUUACCCUUUGCGGGUGCUGUUAUCUGCUUGUUGGUACUAUCAUCUAAGCAAGUACGUGCCAUUGUAGCAAAAUACUUUCAAAGUCCUAUUUUAAAUGAUAAGGCAAACACCGAGACCAAAGAGGAGAAACCAAAACAGACAAUGCAAAAGCCAAGUCCGCUCAUGAUCACACCGGAGCAGGUGAAAAACUGGGACGACCGGCCAUGGAGACCAUUCAGAUGGCCUUACCACCAGACCAUGUCCAUUUAUAAGUUGGAUAUCAACCACUGGUUGGACAUGGACAAGUACUACUGGCACUACAUCCAGGAGAAGGAGAGAAUCUGGCACAAGUACGGCAGGGAGAACAUUGACUGGCUUCCUGAGUCGGAGGACGCUUGUCUCGAGUUGAUGGAAAUUGUUACCGAACAUAUGGUUGACAGAUACCCACUUCUUUUCACCGUGUUGGCAGACAAGAAGGAAAAGGGUAAAAUCAUCCGUAACGAAUUGACAAAGGAGAUUUUGGAUAUGACUUUACCUUUGAAGGAGCACCCUUUGAUGUACGUCACGAAAAUGGCCAAGGAGGACUUUUAUGUGGUGUUGAAAAACCCCACAGAUGGGUUGCACUACUUGGUCGCUGCUGCAGUUCCGUUCCCUGGUGGAUCUUUUGGAAUCAACCACAAGAUUGGAAAGCACCUCGACAUCAUCCACGAUGACGUACCUUACUACCAUGAAAAAUUGAAGAAGUCCAUGGAAAGAUGGUUUGAGAAGCUUGAUGAAUUCUCCCCCGUGGAGAGAGCUUCGUGGUACAUCACCUGGGACCACAAGUUGAAGGUGAACAACAUCUACCAGUUGCCCAAAUUUGUACCCAACUUAGAGUCAGACAUGAAGUCGACUGACCCUAAGGACUUCAAUAUUCGUGUCGAGAGACAAACAUUGAGAAGAUUACCCAGAUCUCGUGCCAUCAUCUUCACCAAUCACCCCAUCUUCUACUCUAUUGAUGAAAUGAAGGAUGAGCCCAAUGUUCCUUCUUUGCUUCGCAAGAUCAUCUACGAGGCCCCGGAGAGUAUCAUCAAGUACAAGAACUUCCAAUUCAUCAGAGACCACAUUUCUGGGUACUUGGACUCACUCAUUAACCGCCAGAAGGACUUGGGGCUCAUAAGCGACGACACUCCUGUCAAGACACUCCCUACGUACCCGUUUGCACAUUGGACCAAGACUGACUUCGAUAUGCACAAUGGAUGGUCGAACCCCAAAUUCCCAGAGAAAAAGCCCGACUACAGAGAGUCAAUGCAGGCAGAAACCAAAUUCGGCAACGAGUAA